AUGGGUUUCAUAAAAAAAGUUAAACUUAUAUUUUAUAAUAAAAGCAAGGAUAUUGAUUUAAAUGAGAAAUAUACUAAAAAUGGUAAUAUCAAAGCAAAAGGAAAAGAAAACACUUAUUUUUCUUCUAAAUUAAGUGAUGCUAGUUUAAGUAUUUGGAAAGAUAUGGGAUUAUACAUUAUGAUUUCAUCAAUUUCUAUUGGCUAUUUAAUAUUUUCUGUUAUUAUUAUUCAAACUUAAAUCAAUACAUUUACUCCUUUUAUUGACAACUUUGAUUUAACUAUUAGCACAAGUGUAUAUACUACUAGCUUAAUUUCAAAAUUAUCGAUUACUCCUGAAAGAUAUUUAAAUUUAUAAUCUACCAGUAUACCAACACAAUUUUUUUUAUUGAAUUUCUAAUAAAAUUAAUAGAUUUCAUACUUUUUACAAACAAUCUCUUCUGAUAGCAGCAAAAUCAAAUCAUAUAUUACUGAAAUGUCAAAGUUUUUAGAUUAAUUGAAUAUAGAUUAUAGUUAUGAUUCUAAUUCCUCAAAAAUUGUCAUUACUUCUGAGAAAUAUUAAUCAAGGUUAUCCUAUAUAUAACAAUUAAGUGUAUUGAGUGAAAUAAAUCAUUUACUAAAAGAUAACUUAUGUUAUUAUUCCUAAGAGUCAACAAUAGUUAUAAUUUGA